AAAUCCCAGGCUUCUUUGAAUUAAUUGAAGCUUUCUUGUUUUCUGAUUCUCAAUGAUGCCACCUUAAAAAACGGUAUAUAAGCCGCCUGAAAAAUAACUACCAAACCACAGAUUUUUUUUGUUGAUACCUAGAAUGGCAAAUAUCACCGACUUCGAGUUAUUCUUCAACGAAACCACUACGGCCAAGCCACCUAAGGAGAUCGUGAAGUACGUGGAAAUUCCGAGCUGGUUCGACGAAGUAUUUCUGAAGUUUAAUUAUGUUAUUGCUAUUCUUCAGUUUUUCGCCGUCGCAAUUAAUCUGAUACAUUUAAGUGUUCUCACGAGAAAGGAGCUCCGCGCAAUUUCCAUCUACCGUAUCAUGAUAGUAAUAUGCAUUUUGGACAUUAUCUCGGAAAUCUUAUCCUUCAUCUCAUUUUCACCAUUUUGGAUUCGAGAAACUCUUGAAGGUCAGGAGUGUUAUGUGACCGUCACGUACCGGGAUGCACUGAUUGAUCAGUACGGCGUUCCGGUUCUUGACAUGACUCAGCGUGGCUCCUCUUGGUUGAACUUGUUCAUGGCGCUGCUAAGAGUUCUGGCAAUUACUUACCCGAUGAGCUCAGCGAUUGAGAAGCCAGUUAUAGUGCCAGUUUUUGUUCUAAUCUCUCUUAUAUUCAAUGGCAUCUGCUCAAUAUGUGUUACGUGGAAUUUUGAAGUCACACAACAGUACAUGGAUUUUAGUUGUGAUGGAACCCAAAACCUUCUGCCUGCAAAUGCGUCCCGUUACAUAAGGACGGUUCCAGUUGGCAAGAAAGAGCUUCACUCGACACUUGUCUUUAUUUAUGGAAUCAUCAAAGCACUCCCUUCGUUGGUCGAACCAAUACUUGCGGUAAUACUCAUAAUGGAGCUGAAGAGAGCUUCACAGCGCAGGAAAACAAUGCUGAAGUCUGAUGGAAAAGGGGAGAACACUACGAAGCUCAUACUUUUCAUGACGAUUUCAUCUUUUCUGCUGGAAGUCCCGAAUGGUUUUUCACAUUUUGCCUUUGGAUUUUUCACUACUAGCCCACUUAUAAAAACAGCUUCAUAUCUGAUUAUGGUGUUUGCCGAAAUUUUCCCGGUUACCAAUUCAUCCACUCAUCUUUUUGUCUGCUUUUUCAUGUCAACUCUUUAUCGAGAAACCGCUAUUUCUAUGAUGGGCAUUUCCAAGCAGAAGAUCACAAAAGUGGAAGAGGUCCGGCAGACUUCGGUAGCCAGAUCGACGAUGACCAAAACUGCAUGA